GGCAGAGGAGGGCGGAGUGUGGGAAUCGCGACUUGAUCUUAUUACCCGCGCGGUGGACGCUCGCUCUUUAUUACACCGCGAGACGUGAUAAUACAACUGCAAGUCAAGUCACCUCGUGGCCUCCGUUUUGUCGCGAAACUGAAAGGACGCACUAGUCGAGAACUUCUUUACAUAAGACUUUAAACUAGGCGACAUGAGGAUGCAAGUAACUGCCUUACUACUUGUCUGCCUGGGCGCUUGGAUUCGUACAGCUGAAUCGGGGCUGGCUGAGGAGUUUGAUGCCAGCACCACGUACCCCGAGGACCAGGAUGGGUCCGGAGACGACCUGGAGAUCUCAGGAUCGGGGUCCGGAGACGAAGGACCGAACGUGCCAACAUCUACACGACCGCGGCUCCAGCGACCAACGAGACCGAGCAGGUCGCCGUGGUGACCGAGAACGCAGGCGUUCCGGACGAGGUCGCCGGGGAGACGACGACGGCGGCGACAACAACAACAAUGACCUCUGAGGCCCCGCCCACCGCGGACACACCCGCCACCGCUGUGCCCGCCGUCGACGUGGGUGCCACCGACGCGACCACCACCACCACCGCCGCCACCACCACCACCCAGGCACCCGUCGACCCCGACGUGGCCGUCGACCCCUUUGACACCACCGACGCGCCCCUCGACCCCGUGGUGGCCACCACUGCAGCCCCGACCGAAACCCCCACCACCACUGCCGCGCCCGAGCAGUCCGCCGCUCCCGGGUUUCCCUGGGAGCUGCCCGAGGACCCCCUGCGGGAGACCACCCAGGCCGCCCCCGUCACCACCGAGGCGGCGGACACGCCCCCUCGCGUGACGGGCACCUCCGUUCCCGAGGCGACCGAGGCCGGCCCCGCGGAGACCGCGCAGCCCCCCAUCCUCACCACCCAGAGUUCCCCCACGACCGCGGCGCCCCCCGUCGCCGUGGACACCGGCGUCGAGGUUUCCACCGAGACCCCCGUCCUGCCUGAGGAAGAGGAAGAGGAAGAAGAGGAGGAGGAGGAAACCCCCCCCGCCCCCACCGAGAAGACCGACCUGCUCCCGGCCUCCACCCCCGCCCUCGGGACCGAGCCGGACAGCUCUCAGGACGAAAUGGCGUCCGGCGAUGACGCCACCGAUUCGCCGCUGGCCACGGAGUCCGCGGGACCUGCCGGCCCCCCAGACAGCGUAGACGAGGAGGUCAUCGUCCCACAAUCCAGAGGGAACGUGAAUAAGGAAAUCCCCGACGACUCUGACCUGACCUUCGCAUCUGAGCCCGAGGGAGCCUUCUCAGAGAACCAGAGCCUCCUGGAGAGGAAGGAGGUGCUCGGAGGUGUGAUCGCCGGGGGGGUGGUGGGCCUGGCCUUCGCCAUCAUGCUGGUGUCGCUCAUGGUGUACCGGAUGAAGAAGAAGGACGAAGGCAGCUACUCGCUGGACGAACACAAACACCCCAACGGGGGCUACCAGAAAGCCCGGAGAGAGGAGGAGUUUCUGGCGUAGAGACCCCCACCCACCCCCCCCCACCCCAAAAAAAAAAAAAAAAAAAGCCCCAUGACCAAAAGACACUUUUACACUGCCGCCAUUUCCCCCCCACCCCCAAAAACCUUCACCUCUUCUCGUUCUUGUUGCCGUGGCUCCGCCGCGCGAGGCUGUUCUGUGUUGUUCUCCCGUUGUUACUGCUGUCUCUGUUGUCCAACCCUUUUUUUCGGCUGAAGCAGCGCUCCUUUGUCCUGGGUCGUAAAGUUACGUGCUUCGACAAGGCGGGCAUUAGCGUUUCAUUACCUGGGAUUACGGUAGCCGGAAAAGUCCCCUGCCCCCCACCUGCCCCCCGCCUACAGAUGACCCCCCCCCCCCCCCCAAAAAAAAAAAACACAUCAUGGAUCAGGGUUGCUCUUUCCCAGGCGCUUUUGGGUGGGGGGUUUGACGACUGUUUCGCGUUCUUGGGGGUUACCUCAAAGGAAAAAGAAGCAAAGCUUUCAUAAUGUAAUGCACUUCUUUUUAAAAAAAUAUAUAUAUAUAAAAAUAAAAAAAAGUUUUACUUCACUCCCAGUCUGCAGCCCCCUCCUCCUGGGGGGUGUGCGGCGAUGUGUCCCUGCUGGUCUUUUGCUUCGCUUGUGUGUUGAGAAUCCUGAGGACUUGCUGCCAUGGUGAUUCACCUAUGGUAGUCAAAUAAGCAUAUUACUGUAGUGCUGUAGUUUUUGUUUUUUCCUUUUUCUUUUUUAAGGGCGGGAGACCCACGAGCGGUGUCAGCCGUCUGUCAGUCAGGAUUCAUUUCCUGUCUCGGCUGUUUCGUAAGCUCUCGUCUCGCUCUGUGUUCGUUUGAUGUCUGGGGAGAGAACGCAGUUCUGCGCAUUACCGAGCUCUUUGAGAGAUCGGAGCGAUAGCCGCUCUGUUCUAGUUUAACGAAGAGCACUAAAAUAUUUGUGUUCUCGGAAGAUCAACUCCUGAAAUCCCCCCCCCCCUUCCCAAGUUGCACAUUUUUCUCAGUGAUAGUAAGAAAUCAAUAAUAAUUCAUCCAUAAACUCGUUUUAGGGUGGCUCAAGGCAGCCCUAAAAUAACGUAUGUUUGUUUUUUUAUUUUUUAUUUUUACCUUUUUGUUUUUUAGCCGUAGUCGAGGCUAAUUCCGGGCGCUAAGCUCCACUGCCUUUGUGAAUUGGAUAGGACUGUGCUACAGGGGGGAUGUCACAAAGCAGACUUUGUCUGAGAACAACAAUGGGUCUGUUCUCCUGUGGUCAGGUAGAGAACAGAAGCAGCUCCCUUGGCUGACUGCCUAGUAUUGAAUAUCAGUGGACCAAACUCUUUUUCUUUUUUUUUCUUUUUUUUUCUUUUUCUUUUUUGUCCCUCUCGUCUCUGCAGCAAAAUCAGGUUGGAUUUUUAGGCCAUUACUGUUGAUCGGCGCAACCCAACCCUGUUCCUGGAGAUCUACCCGUAGGGGUAUCAACCCUAAUUUAGCACACCUGAUUCUGCUUAUUAACAGCUCAACGAGCUCUCUAGCCGUUGAAUGAGGUGUGCUUUUUUAGGGUUGGAGUGAAAACCUAUAGGACGGCGGAUCUCCAGGAACAGGGUUGGGCAGCCCUGCGGUAGACGGAAGGGUGUGUUUCGCAUGCAUAUUUUUGGUGAGUUGUAGCUUUUUGUCUUCUCCCGGAAAGUGGCUAGCGCCACCUGCCUGUGUGGCUGACUUCCUGCACAAUUUUUUUUACCUGACUGUCGAAGACACCGCCUUCGGGUAACUGUGGUUACGGCGAAGGGCUGAUACUAAAAAAAAAGUCAGGAGGAGGUGGUCAUCCCAGGAUUUUUAAAACUGGAACUGGUCCAGUUCGGAAUUUGCUUAAAACCAUUGGAGAGCUGUUGCCCUUGUGUGUGGGGUCGAUUGCUUAGUCAGAUUGGACCUGGUCACUGUUAACAGCAUUGCCUUUGUGAAGUGCUCACUCCAACGACCUCCACCACCCCCCCACCCCCCGCCCCCCAAAACACCAAAACCAUUUCAGAAAAAAAUUACGAAAAGCGAAGCACUUUGCAAGUACCGCUGCCUUUAACUGGGGAGCGCUUAUGGGUCCUAUUGGGAAAGAGGUCUGAUUGGAGACACCACAGGAAUGUAACGUGUAAUUAAAGGGUGUAAAUACUUGUGUAACUGUCUCAGUAGGGACGUUAUCGGUCCCUAAAUACUGCUGCUUUCCUUAGCACAGUUGAGGCCUUAUUCUGUUGUUUCGUUUUUUAAAAAAAAUGUGUAUUAUAUUUUCUUUCCUUUUUUGCCGUAAUAUUAUUUGUGUAGUUAACAGUCCCUGAUGUUUUUUUGUGGUUGUUGUAAUUCUCCCCCCAUUCCCAUUGUCAUUUCUGUAUGUUUUUGUUUUGUUUUUGCUCUGACCUGAGUGCGUGUAGCUAGAACAUGUUUGAAUAAAGAGGAAGACCUGGUCCUCUCCCAUCUUCUCCCUACCCGAGGAGAACCGUGGUCCAGUUUGCCUUAAAAGCCCUUGGUUCUAAAGCAGUGAUUCUCAGUCCUGGGGGGGCCACAGGGUUCUGCUGGUUUAUCCUAUUUGCCUUUAGAAUCGGCAACCAAUUCAAAGCGAAGAAACCGUUAUUUUUUCCAAAACACACCCUACUCUAGCAUGAUUGGUCAGCUGGACAUGAUUGGCGCGAGCCUGACUGUAGCUAAGGCAGUUAAGGUAUAAACCCUCUAGAUAUCUGAAAGCUUUAAUGAAUUAUAGGCCUGUGGCCAUUCUGGAAAAGGUGCUUAUUUAAGUAGGUAAAUGAGCUGCCUUCCUCACCCCCAGCAGAACAAAAUGAAACCGUUUUUUUUUUUCGGGGGAAGACUUAACGUGAGAAUUUGGGAGAGGUAAUUCUUUACCCCAUUCUCAGUGUCGACCAUAUCGCCUUUAAAGGCUCUGACCAGUUGCGCUAGCGUCAGAUUCUGACCAAUCAGAUUCGACGAGGGGCGUGUUUUGGACGAAAGCGGGCGCGAGAAGAAAAAAAGGCCAAGGAAUCGGGUGAGGUGCACUGACUGUGAUCGCCUGCUUUGAGUGAUCAAUUAAGGGCCGAGCAUCAACGAAAAACCAGCAGACCCUGCGGCUCUCCUGGUCCAGGACUGAGAACUCCGGUUCUAAAGUAUCUUUGUGGGGGGGAAGCCAGCACCCUUACCCCACACAUGCUCCCCCCCCCAUACAGUAUUGAUAUCAUAUGAUGUCAUAUCAGACUUGCAUUCUGCCUUUUCAUUGGUGGUUUCACAUUUCUGCUGUUCAUGGAAAGGCGUUUGUCCUACACAUAUAAAUAUAUUUUUUUUUGUCCCAGACUGGGAAUUGUACAAAUUUGUAUUUAUUACCAAUGAGUUUCUUGUUCAACAUGCAAUAAAUAUGACCCUUUAUCACGA